CAUAAGCGGUAGCACCAGUUCGCAGAUGGGCACUCUGUCUGUUCUUUUUAUGGCAACCUGUGUUGGAGAAACACUUCUAUCGUGCUACCAGACGCAUCUGUGUAUGCGUCUUGGAGAACAAUUGCGAUCACUGCUCCAGGCUUCAAUGUUCCAAAAGAUUACUCGACUGUCGCCGACCUCACGGGCCGAGUUUCCUGUAGGACAGGUAUUGUCCAUGAUUGGCGUGGAUACUAUGAUGGUUUCCUUCGGCAUCAUACAGAUUCCUAUGCCCCUCGCCGGAAUCAUCUGCUCGCCACUCAUAUUCUUCAUGCUCUCGGUGCGUGUGGGAGUUGGACCCACCGUUUCGUGCGCCACCUGGCUCCUUUUCGUCCUCCUGUUGCUCUUUCCAACAUCAAGGAUACAAAACGCACAGUGGCGCAAGAUUGUGCAAGCUCGGGACGAGAGGCUCAAGCGCAUGACGGACAUUCUGUCUACGGUGAGAUUGGUGAAGAUGUACGCAUGGGAAGAGGCCUACAUGAAGGCUAUGAAAGAAGUCCGCGAAAAAGAAAUGACUUCCAUAUUCCGUGUCAACUUGCUGGAUGGCCUCCUCGAUUCCUUGUACAGCGCAUCGAGCUCUGUGAUGACCAUCAUACUUUUCGGAACCUCUGCCGUUAUGAACCCAAAACUAAUCCUCAAUCCUGAGAUCUCCUUCCCCUGCGUUUACAUGCUGUCCAUGACGGACAUGAUUACAAACCCGGCUUCCUUGGGUCUAAGGAUGAUCAGUUUGGCGUUGCUGAGUAUGCGAAGGAUCAAGGCUUUCUGCAAUGCCGAAGAGCAGGAGAAUCGACAAGCCUGCAGCAAGAAUCACACCCAAAGGAAAGGCGCAGUUGCCUUGGAAAACUGCUCGUUCGCCUGGACUAAUGCACAGGGACCAAAGCCCAAGGCCGUUCUCUGUGGAAUCUCCAUGGACGUCCAACCAGGUGCCCUCGUUGGCAUCACCGGGUUGGUGGGUAGCGGCAAGUCGUCCCUGCUGGCGGCCAUCUUGGGAGACAUGCACCGUCUCGACGGAACUGUCAAUAUCACCGGAAAGGUGGCAUACGUUCCUCAGGUGGCUUGUAUUUACAACAUGACUGUCCGUGACAAUAUAGUGUUUGGUCAGUCUUUCGAACCUGACCGCUAUAGCAGCGUGCUCCGGGCGUGUGAACUUUUUAACGACAUCAACACAUUCCCUGCUGGUGACCUCACUGAAGUUGGGGAAAAAGGUGAAACCUUGAGUGGAGGUCAGAAGCAACGAAUCUCACUUGCCAGAGCAGCCUACAGUUACAGCCAGAUCUACCUUUUGGACGACCCGCUCAGCGCCCUCGACCAAACAGUAGCAGACAAAGUCUUCGAGCAAGUGCUGGGGAGCUGCGGCCUCCUGAAGGACACGACCCGGAUCCUUGUGAGCAACCAGGGCAACCUGUUGAAGCACAUGAGUAUGUUGAUGUUAAUGGAAAAUAACACCGGGAGCGUCUACCACAGCCUCGAAGAACUGCUUCAAGACGCACGUGCUCCUAAGACACUGAGCAUCGGGAUUGCGGAUGAAGGGCAGAGGGAACCCGCCAAGUCCGAGUAUUGACAUUUUUAUACCUAUGGCUCACCGUAAAUGACAGAAAUAACUUGAGUAACCGCAGUCGAGCAAGAAAGGAACUACGAGAAAGCGUGAGCUUAACCAACAUGACCUAGAAUAGUCAAAACCUGUGAUCUAGAAGUUUAACAUCAUCCCAGGGAGAUCGAGCAAAAAUAGAUUGAACACGAGUUCUGCGGAGGCUUUGGUCUCGCCCUCGAGUCCAGUCCAUGCAUCAAAGGACACUUGGCGUU